GCGUCUGCUCCGCCCGCCCGGCCCGGGACCCCCGGGACCGCCCGGGACCCGCCGGGAUCCGCCGGGAGCCACCGGGAACCGUCCGGAACCCACCGGGAACCGCCGGGAGCCCGCCGAGACCCCCCGCGACCCCCGAGCCAGGAUGGACCGCAUGACGGAGGACGCGCUGCGCCUGAACCUGCUCAAGCGGAGCCUGGAGCCGGCCGAGGAGCGCGAGGACGUGCUGGCCAAGAGGCUGAAGAUGGAGGGCCACGAGGCCAUGGAGAGGCUGAAGAUGCUGGCGCUGCUCAAGCGCAAGGACCUGGCGGGGCUGGAGGUGCCCCACGAGCUGCCCGUGAAGCCGGACGGGAUCAAGGGCUACGAGGAGAAGCUCAACGGGAGCCUGAGGCCCCACGGCGACGGGCGCGGCGCCGCCCGGCCGGGCAAGGAGAACAUCAACGACGAGCCCGUGGACAUGAGCGCCAGGAGGAGUGACCAGGAGCGGGGCAGGCUGACCCCCUCCCCGGACAUCAUCGUCCUGUCGGACAACGAGGCCUCCAGCCCCCGCUCCAGCUCCCGCAUGGAGGAGCGGCUCAAGGCGGCCAACCUGGAGAUGUUCAAGGGGAAGAGCCUGGAGGAGAGGCAGCAGCUGAUCAAGCAGCUCCGGGACGAGCUGCGGCUGGAGGAGGCCCGGCUGGUGCUCCUCAAGAAGCUGCGGCAGAGCCAGCUCCAGAAGGAGAACGUGGUGCAGAAGACCCCCGUUGUCCAGAACGCCGCGUCCAUCGUGCAGCCGUCGCCCGCCCACGUGGGACAGCAGGGCCUGUCCAAGAUCCCCUCCCGGCCCGGGGCUCAGGGCGUGGAGCCGCAGAAUUUAAGGACAUUACAGGGCCACAGCGUGAUCCGCUCGGCCGCCAGCUCAGCCCUGCCCCACAUGCUGAUGUCCCAGCGCGUCAUCGCCCCCAGCCCCGCGCAGCUCCAGGGCCAGCGCGGGCCCCAGAAACCCGGCCUGGUGCGCAGCUCCACGCCCGGCAUGAGCCCCGCCAUCAACUACCAGCCGCAAUCGGGCUCGUCGGUGCCGUGCCAGCGCUCGUCCUCCUCCGCCAUCUACAUGAACCUCGCGUCGCACAUGCAGCCGGGCUCGGUGGCCCGCGUGUCGUCCCCGCUCCCCAGCCCCAGCGCGCUCUCGGACGCCGCCAACUCUCAGGCCGCGGCCAAGCUGGCGCUGCGCAAGCAGCUGGAGAAGACGCUGCUGGAGAUCCCUCCCCCGAAGCCGCCGGCGCCGCUGCUGCACUUCCUGCCCAGCGCCGCCAACAGCGAGUUCAUCUACAUGGUGGGGCUGGAGGAGGUGGUGCAGAGCGUCAUCGACAGCCAAGGGAAGAGCGCCCCGGCGGUGCCGCGCGUGGAGCCGUUCGUGUGCGCGCAGUGCCGCACGGACUUCACGCCGCACUGGAAGCAGGAGAAGGGCGGGCGCAUCCUGUGCGAGCAGUGCCAGACCUCCAACCAGAAGAAGGCGCUCAAGGCCGAGCACACGAAUCGCCUCAAGAACGCCUUCGUCAAGGCCCUGCAGCAGGAGCAGGAGAUCGAGCAGCGGCUGCAGCAGCAGGCUGCCCUGUCCCCCACGGCCGCGCCCGCCGUGCCCAGCGUGGGCAAACAGGACGGGAUCCUGCGGCACCACACGCUCCGGCAGGCCCCGCAGCCCCAGAGCAGCCUCCAGCGCGGCAUCCCCACCUCCGCCCGCUCCAUGCUCUCCAACUUCGCCCAGGCCCCGCAGCUCUCCGUGGCCGGGGGGCUCCUGGGGAUGCCAGGGGUGAACAUCGCGUACCUGAACGCCGGCAUCGGGGGCCACAAAGCGUCGAGCCUGGCGGACCGGCAGCGGGAAUACCUGCUGGACAUGAUCCCGCCGCGCUCCAUAUCGCAGUCCAUCAGCGGGCAGAAAUAGCCCCGGAUCCCCACAGCCCCGGCCGGGCCGGGCCGGGCCGAGCCGGGCU